AUGAGACUGUUAUUGGCGAUCGUGGUGUCGGUGCUGAUCGUCGGGUGCUCUACUAGACCUCGAAAUGGUGAUACUGUUGAUGAUGGUAUCGAUGUUGAUAUACCCCUACCUGAAUCAAGUCUUAAACUUGAUCAACCAUUAACUGCUGGUGUUAAGAGGUUAGGUAUGGUAUGUGCGGCACAGGUAGCCAAUGGACAGGACUGUACCCCGAAAGGUAUGCGCCGGUUUGAUAGCCAGGUCAGUCGGCUCAUGACGAUUGCCAACUCCGGGCGUAAAUUCCCCGAAAAUAAGGGGAAGGAUUUGAAGACUUGGUGCGACGAAUCGGAUACCAUUGUGAAGGAGUUGGAGACCUAUAAGCAGAAGUGCUUCAAAAACCUGUCGAAACAAGUGUUCGGUGUUUUAAUUUACUCCAUAAAGAAUACGAUGAAACAGUACUGUCGGAAGGACUCCAAAAAGCUGGACGUCCUACUCGAGGCCGUGCCCUGUCUUAACAAAAACGAUAAUGAAGUGACCAAAUGCUACACACAGUUUGUGGACGGGGUGUUAGGCGCCAAGAAUGCCAAUGAUACGAAAAAGAUACCUCAUUUUGAGUACGCAAACAUAUUCGGGUGCUUUGAGAAGAAGCUACAAAACGCCAAAUACUGUAACGACAAAAACAUUGAGACUGCGAGCGAUUUAAUCCGCAGUGUUAUCGGCAAUGUUGUUGACUUGAUUUGCGGCGAUUAUGUCGAGGGCUCCGAUAAGUGCGUCAAAUUAGGUCCGCCGCCCAAAAAGCAAAAGAAACAGCGCCGCCUAAAAUCGUUUGCCGUACCGGUGCUCGAUCUACUGGCCUCGUUUCCGGAAGUGUGAAUUGGUUGAGGGUUAAUUAUAUAUUGUAUAUGUAGUGUUAGGUAAUUUUACCUUGGUUAUCUUAAAUACGUGUAAUCAUUUUUGUAUGUUGAAUACUCAUUUUGGGCACA